UGAUAGGUUUAUAAAAUGUUUUCUUUUUUUGAACUCAGAUUUAAAUUAUAUGACCUUUUAUAAGAUACCUAAACUUAAUGAAAAAAUAUUACAAUUAAUAUAAGUACUUAUAUCUAUUCCAGAAAUUUCCCGAAUGUGUGCAAAUUUCGUCCUUGCAGUUGCAACCCCAGCCCCUGUGGACGAUCAAUAUCAGUCACAACACAAAGUGAGCGGCGCGGGUCGGGACUGUCUCUCGGCGGGAGCGAAUUCACAGACAUCUCUACUUUGUUGUCCAGGAGAACUACAUAAAAAUGGCAUCCAAGCGAAGUAAUAGCACUGCAAUUAAAGGCAACGCGUCAAAAAGAGCUCGGUCUUCACGAGACGAUAUCCAAAUUAAUCAACAACUAGCAGAAAAGGAGAAAUCAAACACUGAAAAUGGACAGUUUUCUUCAAUAGAUUCUGAAACUGCAAGUGAUUCUAACAGUAUCGAAGGAAGUGAAAAUAACACCGAUGCUAUUAUUUGCAGCACAUUUAAUGAAGAACCUAAUCAUGAGUCUGCAGAAUUUAAUUUAGAACAAUCAAAAACAUUCAUAUCUGAAAAACAAGAUGAAACAAACCACACCAACGAUUUACCAAACAUUUCAUGUGAUAUAUCAAAUUCACAUUCAGAACAAGAACAAGCAAACGAAAACAAUGAAGAUUUCAAUGCUAACAAUGUCGGAUAUUCCCUCAUGAAUGGUUGCACUGAUGGUUCUGUCAAUUCAAAUAUCCUGAAAGCAAGUACAAGUAACGCAAUAUUAUACCCAGAAAAAGUAACGGUGCCAAAAGAGACAAUAACUUCAUUCAAUUCCGAUAAUACAAAACUUGAAAUGGGCAUCCAACUUAAUAGUGAUUUGAUGCAACGGGAAGAAAAUGUUUCGGCUCAAGCUGAAGAUAAUUCAAACUCUAUGACAAAUACCGACACAGCUAGCCUAUCAAAAAAUGAUGAAGGUAAUGAAAGUAGCCAAUGUAUGGAAAAUGUAUUAAUUAUGAAAUUGCAGCAACGCAAUGAUUCGGAAUAUUGGUAUCCAAGCAAAUUUGAAAGUGGCAUAAACGCUUUAAGAAAAUUGUUCACUUCGGAUGACGAUAUAGAAAUUAAUGAAAACUCAAUAGACGUGCAAAAACCAUCAGAUACUAAUAAUAAUGAUACAGCUAUAGGCCAAUCAAACGUGUCAGAAACUGAAUCAAAUAAUCAAAUUUCCAACUCUGAUAAUUUAGAAAUAUUUGAUGAUCGAUCGGAAUCAUUUGAAACUAAUAUUGACGAUAUUAUGAAUGAUUCUGAAAUAUGGUCCGCUGAAGAUUCUCCAAGAUUCGACUAUUAUUUAGGUGGGGUAAACCAUACUUCCUUGGAUAAUGAAGAAGAUGAUGGAGAUGAAGACGGAGAUGAAGAAAAUGGCGAUGAUGAAUAUGAUGAAGAUGAAUAUGCAGAAGAAGAAUAUGAAACAGGUUCUAAUGCAACAGAAGAAUUAACUGAAGAUUCUGAUGAUAGCGACAACGAAUCACAACAUAGUGAACCAGGAAAGCUUACUAGAAUAAAAUCAAAAGUCAUUGAAAUGUAUAAAGUAGACGUUAAGGCUGAAGAAACGCCUGAUAAGAAAAUUCAUGAAAACCUUACAGUUGAAAGAACUUUUCACAGUAUCGAAAAUGCAGCUAAAUUGCGAAAACUGCGAAGAAUUCUUGAAAAUAAUUCAAUUCCGCGACCUCUUGAACGAGGAGCAAGUAAAUUUAAUAUGGUUCUAGGAGAAAUACCUGAUAUAAUAGAAGUAUUAAGAGCAUAUCCGGAUUCAUCACAUCACGCUCAUGUUCGUUUUAUUAACCCGGAGCAAGAAAACUGUCAGAGUACGGUUGGCGAUGUAUACAUCAGGAAUGAACCAAGAAAAGUUCUUAGCGACUGCUCUAUUUGCUUGCUUACUUUUUGCGGAUAUCCUGUUUCCACCUUUUGUGGCCAUGUUUUUUGUGAAAAUUGUCUUGAAAGAACAUUGACUUUUCACAAGCAAUGCCCUACCUGUAGAACACAGUUGAGAAAACCUUAUUACCACAAAAUUUUCAUAUAAAUGUUACAUAUUUCAAAUAAUGUAUACUGCCCUUGCACAAAAGUGAUUGAUUUUCUCUAUAUUAUAUUUAAAUGGUUUUCUGUUCAACAUAAUUUGAAAAGACAAAAAUACUAAUAAUAAUCCGGUCAAGUUAAGCAUUUGAAAUAAGGAUAAUU